AUGGCAUAUCAGUUCUUCGCAAAGGCGCAUCAAUCCAAGCAGCCGCCCACUUCUCCACCAUUCUCUCCUCCCUCCUCCUCAUCCCCAUCCUCCAACACCAGACGCGCCAAAUCCCCCAUAAGCCCCCCCUCGCUGAGCGCCUUCCGACACCAAAAUGCCUCGCACGCCACCAUCGCCGCCAAACUCAAGCCCCCGACCAGCUCCGGCGACUCCUCGAUCUACCAGCCCGUCGCGUACCCUCACGCCAUCGCGUCCGGAUACCCAACUCCACACCCCCACGUUACCAUCGAACCGGUCAACACGGCUCACAUUCCCUCGUUAUCCCGAAUAACAGGCCUUCUGCUGCCCAUCCGCUACCCGAACUCCUUCUACACCGCCACCAUCACAGACCCCGUCAUCGCCUCCGUCUCGCGCGUCGCCAUAUACCAUGAUCACCCGGUAGCCGCGGCGCCGGCAACGUCCCCCGCCACGGCGGCCUCUACGGGGUCGGACAAAGUCAUCGGGGGGAUUCGCUGUCGUCUGGAGUCAGUCCCGCCUAUGGCCGCGAAGCGCCUCCCGGGCAAAUCUCAGCGAGACCCGGCGAACUUGUACAUCCAGACACUGCACCUGCUGUCCCCGUAUCGGAGCUACGGCAUCGCGGCGUCUUUGCUCAACUCGUUGCUCUUUUCCACGCCGCCGCCGUCAUCUUCAGAGGGGGAUAAGGGCGGUCUGCAGUCUGGUUAUUGCGUUUCCUCGCUCGUCAGACACUACAACAUCCGCACGAUCACGGCACACGUUCACGAGGCGAACGACGAGGGCCUGAAAUGGUACGUCUCGCGCGGCUUUACAGUGGAAUCGGGGGUGGUCGAGAACUACUACCGGAAGUUGAGGCCGUCGGGUGCGCGGAUCGUGAAGUUGACGCUAGAAUGGGACGAUGACGAGAAUGGCGCAGAAGGGGAUGAUGGAUCUACCAACGCGAACCCGGAUGCCCCGGAGCAAGCGAAGCUCUCCGGCGACGAAGAACACUUUGUGUCGGCAGAAGAAGAGGACGGGGAUGAUGAUUGGGAAAAGGUCGAAGCUGACAAUGAAGAUGAAGACGAUCAUGGCGUGACACUGUUCUCGGAUUCGAAGUUGCUGGAUGCUGACGAUACAGCGAGUCGGAAGCGGAAGGCAGAUGAUGAACCGCAACGAUAG